UUUCCUCUGAACACGUUAGUCUCCCCUUCACUCUUUCACUCCCACCUUCACCGAAAGCCACUCACACAUUGACUCUCUCUCUCCUUUUCUCUCUCUCUCUCCUCUCUCUCUCUCUCUCACUCUCACUCAAUCGCUUUCACUCAUCUGCCUGUCUGUCUCUCUAUCUCUACGUUGGUCUCACUCAUAGUUGAAUGUUCAGAAAAACAUGGCUGACACGGAGAACAUUCCUCUGAAAGGAGUCCAGCGCCGGGGAGCUUUACGCCAGAAAAAUGUAUUCGAGGUGAAAAAUCACAAAUUUGUUCCCCGAUUUUUCAAGCAGCCGACUUUUUGUAGUCACUGCAAGGAUUUUAUUUGGGGAUUUGGCAAGCAAGGAUUUCAGUGCAAAGUUUGCUGUUUUGUUGUACAUAAACGGUGUCAUGAAUUUGUUACAUUUACCUGUCCGGGCGCUGACCAGGGUCCAGACUCUGAUGCUACCAAACUUCAUAGAUUCAAAGUGCAUUCAUAUGGUAGCCCAACUUUCUGUGACCAUUGCGGCUCGCUACUCUAUGGGCUGAUUCAUCAAGGCUUCAAAUGUGAUGCAUGUGAUAUGAACAUACAUAAAAAAUGUCAAAAAAAUGUUCCACAACUGUGUGGCAUCGACCACACUGAAAGACGAGGUCGUAUUAAACUCAACAUUACAUCCAAGAGGAAUGAACUGUUUGUUAAAAUCCUAGAAGCAAAAAACCUGGUGCCAAUGGAUCCAAAUGGAUUAGCUGAUCCGUAUGUGAAAGUGAAACUUAUUCCAGAUGAAUCAAACAAAACCAAGAAAAAGACCAAAAGAACAAAAGCUACUCUGAACCCUGUUUGGACUGACACGUUCACAUUUGAAAUUGCUCCAGAAGAUAUGUCCAAGAGAUUAUCUUUUGAAGUUUGGGAUUGGGACCGCACUACACGCAAUGAUUUCAUGGGCUCGCUGUCAUUUGGUAUUUCUGAACUUAUCAAAAACCCAGUAGAUGGUUGGUUUAAGUUACUGAAUCAAGAAGAAGGAGAGUAUUAUGGAAUCCCAGUACCUGAUGAACUGUCUCCAAGUAUUCAGGAAAUGAAGAACAAAUUUGAAAAACAACAAAUUGCUGAGCGCAAUCUUCCAUCAUCUUUGAAUGAUCAAAACAUGAGCAAACAGGACCUUGUUCGUGCCAGUGAUUUCAAUUUUAUGACAGUGCUCGGCAAAGGCAGUUUUGGAAAGGUUGUUUUAGCAGAACGGAAGAGCACAGAUGAGUUAUACGCCAUAAAAAUUCUAAAGAAAGAUGUCAUCAUUCAGGAUGAUGAUGUUGAAUGUACAAUGAUAGAGAAGAGAGUUCUGGCUCUUGCAAACAAACCUCCAUUCCUUGUCCAACUGCAUUCUUGUUUCCAAACUAUGGAUCGGUUGUAUUUUGUGAUGGAGUAUGUUAAUGGUGGUGACCUUAUGUACCGAAUCCAACAGGAGGGCAAGUUCAAAGAACCUGUAGCAGUAUUUUAUGCAGCAGAAAUUGCAAUAGGUCUUUUUUACCUUCACAACGAAGGUAUAGUUUACAGGGAUUUAAAACUGGAUAAUGUGAUGUUGGACUGUGAAGGCCAUAUCAAGAUAGCAGAUUUUGGCAUGUGCAAAGAAGGAAUUAUUCAGGACAAAACUACCAGAACCUUUUGUGGCACACCUGACUAUAUAGCACCUGAGAUUGUAUUGUAUCAACCAUAUGGGAAAUCAGUUGACUGGUGGGCUUAUGGUGUAUUGUUAUAUGAAAUGUUAGCAGGACAGCUACCAUUUCCUCCAUUUGAUGGAGAAGAUGAAGAAGAACUGUUCACCUCCAUCACAGACCACAAUGUUUCUUACCCCAAGUCUAUGUCUCGAGAAGCUGUGUCAAUUUGUAAAGGAUUACUUACCAAAAACCCCUCCAAGCGUCUUGGCUGCACUAACAAUGGUGAACGAGAUAUCAAAGAUCAUGCUUUCUUCAGACGCAUUGAUUGGGCAAAAGUGGAAAGUCGAGAUGUACAGCCACCAUAUAAACCUAAAAUAAAAAGCAAAAAAGAUGUCAGCAAUUUCGACCGCGAAUUCACCAGUGAAGCUCCAAAGUUGACACCAACAGACAAACUGUUCAUUAUGAAUUUAGACCAGACUGAAUUUGCUGGAUUCUCCUACAUCAAUCCUGAAUUUGUUAUCUCUGUUUGAAGAUAUUAGCUGUUGUACCCCCAGACCAUGGCCAAUGAGGUGCCAAUCUUUAUUUGGAUCAGCUUGUGUUGCUAAAUCUGGCACCAUGGCUGCAUAGGCUGAAAUUCUCUCCACUCUCAUUUUUGGCUAAAGUUGGUCAACCAGAAUGUCUUUUUAACUAUGUUUCUGUGUGUGUGUGUGUGUGUGUGUGGUGUAUAUAUGUAUAUAUAUAUAUAUACAUGUAUAUGUAUGUAAAUAAACACAUACACAAAACAUAUAGGCACAACCACUCACACACAUAUA